AUGCGACCUAACAAUCUCCUCCUCAUACUAUGUGGAUUUUGUUUGUCCGUGGUCGGAUUUUACAUGAUCCGAACUUUUCUUUCUCCGGCUAUUUACUCAACGACUAAUAAAAAUAGAAUAGCAAUGAAAGUUCGGGAUGAAGAUGAAAGGAGGCUCACAGUCGCACUUUCGCGAAUCGGGCAUUGGAAGUUACUGGAUCGCCUCCCCCUUUCGACGCGUAUAUUCUCCAGAAAUGAUAACAAGGGGAAACGCGCGUUCGACAUUUUGACACUUGUCUUGACCGCAGACCGCGGACGUCAUCGGAUCGAUGCGUUUGAGCCCCAGUACCUAACUCAAACUGUGGUAUCACUUGUUGACGAGAUCCAGACGGCUCCGGCCUCUGAUUAUCCACACUUUGGGUCCUGGAGAACUGCCGUCUGUGCUGGUUUACUUGAAAAUGAAACCGGUUCCACUUACUUUAAUGGAGAGCUUUUGAGGAUGCGAAGUGUGUUGGGCAAUCAAUUUGUUUGGCUCCACCAUGCAAACAGAGCAUUUGAACGAUGCCAGCCCCUUUUAAGCCUGCGUGCCUGCUUAUCCCUCAGCCUCAAGAACAUCGCCUCCAGACCCGAUUAUGUGAUGCUUCUUGAAGACGACUUUCUUGUUUCAAAACAGUUUCUUCGCAUUUGCCACGAGUUUCUUCAGCGUCAGGCAACUACCUUUCCCCGUCCAGCGCUACAGCUCUAUCUGGAUACUCACGUUCAGCCCUACGACAGUCAGAUUAACGCCUUAAUAGUCCUCCUAAAUGCUAUUUCUGGCUUACCUCUUUUAAUUUCCUGUCUCUUCACCUAUGCGCCAACCUGUAGGCGACAGACUAUUCGAUUUUAUUUAUUUCUAGUCCUCUGCGUUCCCGUCAUUUGCUUGCUUUUAACUCUCCUAGCCCGUGGUCCAACGUUUUUUUGGGGUGGAAACAUAAUCAAUUCUCCUGACCCCAUUGCCACAGCAACAGGCUCCGCCAUCCUUCUUCCUGUUAAAGUUACCUUUAAUUUACUUGACCUGAGCUUUACGUCUACGUCCUGUGACGAAUUUUCUUCAAAGAGUUCUUUUUUAUUUGACGCCCUUAACAAGUCGGGCACGCAUAUAUUUUCAGCUCGAAUCCCAGCUGUCCAUCACAUUGGCAUGUAUUCCCACAAUAAGCAUGAACUGCUUAAUCCUCUUCUUUUCCCUCACUGA